AUGGGUAAAGGAAAGCCUAGUGGUCUUAACGCCGCACGUAAGUUGCGCACCCAUCGUCGUGAAAACCGUUGGGCCGACAAGCAAUUCAAGAAGAGACUCUUGGGUACUGCCUUCAAGUCUUCUCCUUUCGGUGGAUCCUCCCACGCUAAGGGUAUUGUUCUCGAAAAGAUUGGUGUCGAAGCCAAGCAGCCUAACUCUGCCAUUCGUAAGUGUGUCCGUGUCCAACUUAUCAAGAACGGCAAGAAGGUUACCGCUUUCGUCCCCAAUGAUGGUUGUUUGAACUACGUCGAUGAAAACGACGAAGUUUUGAUUGCUGGUUUCGGUCGUAAGGGUCGCGCUAUUGGUGAUAUUCCUGGUGUCCGUUUCAAGAUUGUCAAGGUUUCCGGUGUUUCCCUCCUCGCUCUCUACAAGGAGAAGAAGGAGAAGCCUAGAUCUUAA